AUGUCCAAGAGUUCCAUCACAGGCAUGGUGCUCCGGCUCAAAUCCACGCUUCCAUGGAGAAGGAUCCACGCGCCUUCUACACAAUGGCGAGGUCACGCCACUGUGUGCAAAAGAAGAAACUACACACCGGAUGAAGACGAAAUGAUUGUGAAAUUUCUCAAGGCAGGGCACAGCUACUCAAACAUCGCUGAUGCAUUGGACCGCCAUCCCUCCUCUGUUCAAUCUCGUUUUUWCAAUUACUUACGACACCGAGAAGAUGCGCAGUGCCUGAGAAGCCCCCCCAGAAAACCAUCCAGUGAGAUGCGAAAUGCGGAAAUACAGCGCUUGAAGGAGCAGGAAGGGCUCUCAAUAUCCGAGAUAGCGAGGCGAUUAGGUCUCUGUGAGAGAACGGUGUAUUAUGGCUAUGGGAUGGUGCGCGCCCCCAAGGGGACGACGUAUUGGAAUUAUUCAGAGGCAGAGGUGGAAACCAUUGCUUCCGGGCUCCGCCAAGGAAGCUCCGUCCUGGAGAUCUCAAAGAGUCUCGGGUGUGGCCGGACAAGCCAUGGUGUGGCUCAGUGCAUCAGAGGAAACCCGUAUUUACGAACUUUGAGGCCGCCUGCCAGCUGGAGAUUCACGCCGGCAGAGGACCAGGCGAUCAGGGCUGGCAUGAUCGAUGGAACAUCCUUGUCGAAAUUGGCCAAACAGCUUCAGCGGCCGAGAUCCUCGAUCGCGAGCCGCUUGCGUCUUCUCGAAGCAGAGAUGCUGAAGGAACCAGAAGAAGCUGCGCCGGGCAUAAAUUUACCCACCCGCAAAGCCUCAUUACGAGAAUACUCGCCAAAACACGAGGCUUUGCUUGAACAAUGGCAAGCACGCAAUGUAAGAAGUGUCAAAACGAUGAGACCUUGGCGUCCCGAAGAAGUAACUCUUCUGCAAGCGGGGCGUGCGAAAGAUGGACUUUCUUGGGAUGAUCUGGCCAAGCUUUUACCCGGGAGAACAGCCGGUGCUAUCUUCACCAAAUACAGUAGGCUCAAUCCCAAAGACCCCAGUGCAGGUCCGAAGAAGGGCCACGCGCCGCCUGCUCCCGCUCGACCUUGA